AUGGGAAAUUCUGACUCAAAAUUGAACUUCCGCAAAGCCAUAGUACAACUCACCCAGAAAAACCAAAAAAUUGAUGACACCGACGAUCAAUUUUGGGACCAAUUUUGGUACGCACAUCAAACUUCUUUAGAAGAUGUUUUCGCCUUGGUCACAUCAGCCGAAAUACGAAAUAUACGUAAUGAAAAUCCUGCCAACUUGGCGACAUUGUGUUACAAGGCCGUGGAAAAGUUGGCCCUGGCCGUGGAUAACAGUUGCCGCACACAUGUGGAACAGCAAUGUGUUUUGAAUUGUGUACGACUAUUAAUACGCAUAUUACCGUACAUAUUUGAAGAUGAAAAAUGGCGUGACUUUUUCUGGAGUAGUCUGCCUACGCGCAGUACACCCACAUCUGCUGACGCAGCAGAUAUCCUUCGUGAAAAUUCGCCACGACAUACAGGCCCACAGCCAGUACCCUUGGCCCAAUCGUUGAUAAAUGCUUGGUGUGAUUUGCUUUUUUGUCCUGAUUUCACGGUACCUGCAACACGUCGUGCCGGGCCCGACAAGGCUGAAGAGUUGGCCAAUAUAAACAGUUGUGAGUAUAUAUGGGAGGCAGGUGUUGGUUUCGCACAUUCGCCACCAAAAAAUUCCUACAUGGAAAAACGACGAGCAGAAAUUUUAAAACUUUUGCUCACUUGCUUUUCGGAAACCAUCUAUAGCUUAACGGAUGAACCUAACAGAUGGAUUGCAUACUUUACCUCAGCUGAUAAUCGUCAUGCGCUACCACUCUUCACUUCAUUGUUAAAUACAGUGUGUGCUUAUGACCCAGUGGGCUUGGGCGUACCAUAUAACCAUCUGCUAUUCGUAGACACAACCGAACCACUUGUUGAGGCUUGGCUGCAGAUACUCAUAGUAACAUUAGAUCACGAUAUGAUUUUGCACCAGCAACAGCAACUGGAGUUGCAACGUCAAGUGCAAGGCCGUAACAAACCCUCAUCCUCUUCGACAGUUAACUCUUAUGAUGAUGGUUUCGGUGAUAAUUUGUUUAUCAAUUAUCUUUCGCGUGUGCAUCGCGAUGAGGACUUUCAUUUCAUACUGAAAGGCAUAACGCGCCUGCUAAACAAUCCGCUUGCUCAAAAUUACCUACCAAAUUCAACCAAACGUCUUCAUUGCCAUCAAGAGUUGCUUAUACUAUUCUGGAAGGUGUGCGAUUUUAAUAAAAGGUUUCUUUAUUUCGUGCUUAAAAGCUCAGAUGUGUUGGAUAUACUCAUACCAAUACUAUAUCAUUUGAACUACUCGCGCGCAGAUCAAUCACGAGUGGGCCUCAUGCAUAUUGGAGUGUUUAUACUUCUACUAUUAUCCGGUGAACGUAACUUUGGUGUACGUCUCAACAAACCCUACACCGCCACGGUGCCCAUGGAUAUACCAGUUUUUACAGGAACUCACGCUGAUCUGUUAAUUACGGUUUUUCAUAAAAUCAUAGCUACAGGCCAUCAACGCCUGCAACCACUCUUUGACUGUCUACUUACCAUACUUGUGAAUGUGUCACCUUAUUUAAAGACUCUAUCAAUGGUGGCCAGUGUGAAGCUUCUGCAUUUGCUAGAAGCUUUUAGCACUCCAUGGUUUCUGUUGUCAGCGCCAAAAGUAUUCUUCUUGCUUGAAAUCUUCAAUAAUAUCAUACAAUAUCAGUUCGAUGGCAAUUCCAAUUUGGUUUACACCAUCAUUCGAAAACGACAUGUAUUUCACGCGAUGGCAAAUUUACCCUCGGACAUGGCGGGUAUCGCAAAAUGUAUAAGUGGACGAAAAGUCGGUAAAUUCAAUAUACCCACCAGGGCCACCAGAACGGCUAAUUUGAUUCAUGUGAUCUGAAAAUCGAAAAAGAUUAAUAAGUACAAAAGCCUGCAAUUUCGCAUGCAUACUCACCCAACCGUUCCAGCAAACUUACGUAAUGGCCGCGUGGUAGUAAAAUUUUAGACAAUGACAUUUAUGCAUUGUAUGUAUGUAUGUAUGUGAUU